UGACAUCGCUUCGGGCUCGUGUUUCACCGGCGCCUAUCGACGACAGGACAGGUGUCAGUCCAAAUGUCUGUCCCCUCCGUGGUCUGUGUUAGUUAACUGGACAGCUGCCAGUUCACCAUGACGCUCAGGCCAAGUGUUGCAGUCCAGCACCUCCCAACAACUGCAGCGAGUUAACGCCUCUCGUGUAGCUCGGGUGGGCUUUAUUUUUUAUUUUUUUGUAUCAUCUCCUACGAAGUCGUCCGUGUUCACUGUGCUUUCCGACUGAAACAUUUUUUUUGCCGCUGCGGUCUGUUGUGAACCACCAGCCGAGGCAGUAAAAACGCGCUUCGAGGAGGAGCGUCUCUGGGUUUAUAUUGAAGCGCAGGAGGACCCGGCAGCGCUCAGGCGGACGGACAGAGACUCUGCGUCGACAGACAGCGAGGAGUGAACAUGUUCGACACCAAAGGAGUCGCCUUCGUCGCUCUCGAUGUAGUCUGCCUGUUUCUAGCUGGACUCCCAUUUGCAAUACUCACUUUUCAGCACAGGCCUUUCCGCCGAGGCUUUUUCUGUAAUGAUGAGUCCAUAAGGUACCCCCUUAAAGACGACACCAUUUCCUAUCAGUUGUUAGGAGGUGUUAUGAUUCCCGUCACAAUAAUCACUAUGGUCGUUGGCGAGUGCCUUUUAGUUUAUCACAGCCGUCUCACGUCCAAGUCGUCUUUCGGCAGCUAUCUUGCCUGUGUUUACAAAGCCGUUGGUACGUUUGUCUUCGGUGCCGCCAUGAGCCAGUCCCUGACGGACAUCGCAAAGUAUACAAUCGGACGCCUCAGGCCACACUUCCUGGAUGUGUGCAAACCUGAAUGGAAACUCAUCAAUUGCUCGUUGGGGGCAUAUAUUGAAAACUUCACAUGCACUGGAGACCCUAAAAUUGUCAACGAGGGCAGGCUGUCAUUCUACUCCGGCCACUCGUCUUUCUCCAUGUACUGCAUGCUGUUCCUCGCUCUGUACCUGCAGGCUCGACUCCAGGUCCGAUGGGCGCGGCUUCUGAGACCAACCUUACAGUUCUUCCUGAUCGCUGCCUCGGUGUACACAGGGCUGUCUCGGGUGUCAGAUUACAAACAUCACUGGAGUGACGUGCUGACAGGACUUCUGCAGGGUGCACUGAUGGCCCUGCUGGUGGUCUUCUGUGUAUCAGAUUUUUUUAAGCCUUGUGAGGAGACCCGUCGAGAAGCAGACAUCCUCCAUACAAUGCAGGAGACGCCCACAAAUGGAAACCACUUUGAAAGUCCAAACUAAGCUCGGAGAGCAGCGGGGACCUCUGCUCCCCCCAAACCCACACCCAGAAUUCCAGCAGCGAAGCUUCAUCGUCCUCAAACUUCCAUCCACUACAAUGCAUGGACUUUCAGUGUGAACUCUCAAUAUUCUCUUAAACGCAAGGAAAGGAACUCGUUGACCACCACCAGGCCUAUUCAAAUUUCUGUUUUUACAAUAUUUUGUCUUCUAAAAAAAGAAAAAAAAAAAAACGAAAAUGGUGCGAUAACAUGUUCGGAUCAUUGGAAGCUGUAGGUUAGAGGCUAAAGAUCCUAAAAGGAUGGGACUCAUUUAGCAUCCACUGAGGCAGUAAGAAGACUUGAAUGCAUGCACUCACUUAAAGGGCCUGACCACUGCUGGAAACCUGUGAAUGUAACCCUGCUUAGUGCUUUUUCCUCACCUGGAGUCGGCAUGCUUGAUAAUCUGAUUUGGGCUCAGUUUCAAGUCUUCGCGCCUUCGGUUAGUAUUUAAAGUUUGCUGCCUGAGGGCCAGGCUGGAUCAAGGGUGUCGUUCUCUGGGACUGCCGACUCUAGGCUGCUGCUGUCUUACUCUCCAGCUGUCUAAUCUGACAUUACAAACUAGCGAUUUGACUUGUGUAACAUUUGGUUAAAGAGGUGUAGAGUAAGUAGACUGAUAAAUCCCACGUUGCCUUUGCUGGUCUGCUGCAGCUGCUAUCACAGCUUCCUGUGUAUUUAAUGUAAACAAGUAAAUAGACAAUGUGCUUUUUGUAUAAUCUGUAUGUAACCAAGCCACCAUACAGACUUUUAUUAAAACGAUGUUACAAAUAUGUACAAAUGUUGAAAUAAAGCCAUUUUACUCAAUAUUAGCAAAAA